AUGUCAGCUCAAGCGAGUCGUUCGCGCAAAUCCGAACAGGCACAACAAGAAGCCGAUCAGGCCUUGCUUCAAGUAAGUAGCACUCUUUUUCUCUAGUUUCCCUCUAUUUUUCUUGUUUACCAGAAAAAUACUAGAAAAAUAGUCAAUGUUUUUCCCUUUUUUCAUAUAUUAAAAAUGAAAAAUAAAAAAGAAAAGAAAAAAGUAUUUUAGGCAGCAAUAGAUGACAAUUCUAUGGAACAAGAUGAGAAUUUCACGGUUAUUGAUAAAUUGGAGGUAGGUAAUUUUGUUGAAAUUUCGAAAUUUUAAGCUGCAAAAUUGUAGACAUGCGGUGUGAGCUCAGGAGAUAUUGCGAAAUUGAAAGAGGCUGGAUAUUAUACGUAUGAGGCAUUGGCUUUUACGACAAGAAGAGAGUUGAGAAAUGUGAAGGGAAUUAGUGAUCAGAAAGCCGAGAAAAUUAUGGUAAAUUAUUUUGGGGAAUGAGAAAAUGGACCAAAAAUAGAAAUUUGUGAAAAAUUGAAAUUUUAGCUUCAUAGCUUCUUUUUGGAAAUCAAAAACUGAAUAUUCAUAUUUUCAUCAAAAAUUGGUCUGAAAAUUCAAGAAACCGCUAGAACUUUGAUUCAAAAUGUAUUUGGUAAUUCCAGUUAAUUUUUCACAGAUAUUCUAACAAAAUUAAAAAAAAAACUAACCUGAAAAUAUGCUGGCGAAAAUGGUUUAUUAUUGUCCCAGGCUGCAACAAUUCAUUUCUCACGUUCAUAAAAUUGCGAAAUGGUAAUGUCUGCCAGAUUGCAAUAAUACACGAAUGCAAGGUCACGCUGUGAAAAUAAUUUUUUUCAAAAAUCAGGAAACAUUUUUAACAGUAUUUUUCAUUGAUUUCUAGAGUUUACCACCAAAUUUUGGUUCACAAAAUACAUCAAUCAUUAGCUGGGAAACUCUAGAAAUAAAAAAAAUAUGUAAAUUAGUUCAGAGUCAAGUUUUGAGUUUUAAAAUAAAAUAUAAAAUAUUCAAUGUUUACCUUUUCAGAAAGAAGCAAUGAAACAUGUUCAAAUGGGUUUCACAACUGGCGCAGAAGUACAUGUCAAACGCAGUCAACUCGUCCAAAUCCGCACCGGCUCCGCAGCUCUCGACCGACUUCUCGGCGGUGGAAUCGAAACCGGUUCUAUCACUGAAGUCUACGGUGAAUACCGUACCGGUAAAACACAACUCUGUCACAGUUUGGCUGUUUUAUGUCAACUUCCGAUUGAUAUGGGAGGUGGUGAGGGAAAAUGUAUGUAUAUUGAUACGAAUGCAACUUUCCGACCGGAAAGAAUUAUUGCGAUUGCUCAAAAAUAUAAUAUGGAUAGUGCACAUGUUUUGGAAAAUAUUGCGGUUGCUCGCGCUUAUAAUUCGGAGCAUUUGAUGGCUCUUGUUAUACGCGCAGGUGCUAUGAUGUCUGAAAGUCGAUAUGCUGUUAUGGUUGUUGAUUGUGCCACUUCACAUUUUCGAAAUGAGUAUACAGGUCGAGGAGAUUUGGCAGAACGCCAAACAAAACUUGCGGCGUUUUUGAAGUGUCUUGCAAAAUUGGCUGAUGAAUAUGGAGUUGCGGUGAUUAUUACGAAUCAAGUUGUGGCACAAGUUGAUGGUGGUGGUGGAAUGUUCCAGGCGGAUGCGAAAAAACCAAUUGGUGGACAUAUUAUUGCGCAUAUGUCGACUACACGGUACGAUUUUUUGAAAUUUUGAUGGAAAGAACAAAUUUUUAUCGAAAACCCUACAUCUGUCAAGUUUGAGGUUAUCCUUCUGAAACGUGGAAAAACUAAAUUUUUCCUAAUAAAAUCUGAAAGAUAUUUUUCAUUUCCAAAAAUCCUUUUCAUGGAAAAUUCACGAAAAAUUUGAAUUUUAUCUCAUUUUCUCCAACUUCCUUCAAAAUGCAGAUUUUUCAACGAUCAAGUUCAUUUUGUCAAAAAAUCCUAAUCAGAUUUGAAAUUCUCAAAGUCUGUAUAUUCUAGACAUCCUUUUCCACUGUAUAUCAUCUCAAAAAAAGAUAUGCGAUGAAAAAAAAUGAUUUUCAUUUCUUCGAAAAUUGAGUGAUACAAAUCUGCCUUUCUGCCAAAAAUAUGAUAGACAAACAAAUAUGGAGAUGAUUUUUUGGGCAUUUCUCAGAUAAGCCUCUCUCCUUUCUCCCCUUUUUCGAAACAAAAAACCGGCCGUUUUCGAUGGCGAAAAAUUGGAUACUUUCACUUGCCACCCGAAAUCGUACCUAAAAACUGUUUUUUGGAGAAAGAGAGAUUAAUUUGAUGAUAUAUUAGAUCAUGGAACGAAAAUGAUCGAAAUCGCGAUUUUUUGAUUGGCAGAUUUUUUGAUGGAAAAUAUUGGCUGGAAACAUGUCUGAAAAUAUUUUUUGGGGGAUUUUCGAACUCCAGAGUCUGGAAGCCAGAAAAUUACAAUAUUUUGCAUAUAAUUUUGACCACAAAAUACACGUGGAGCAUACAUUUGAAAAUUCAAGUUUUUCGGUUUAAAAUUCAUAAUUGAAGCUUGGAUUUUCACAAAACCUAGUUUAUUCUGAAUUUUUUGACAAUACAUUUGCUUUGAAAAGUUAUUUUAUUCGCACAAUAUUUUUUGCGGAUUUUUCUCGAAACAAAAAAAAAUUAAUUUUAAUUUUGAGAUUUCUCUAGGCUUCACCAAAAAUGAAAAGUUCUCUUCAAAUUCUGAUGUUUGAUAGAAAUUUCAAUCACAUGUGGAAACCAUGUGGAUUUUACAGUUUUUCCAGCAAUUUUUUUCACGGAUAAAAUCAAAAGUUCUUUCUGGAAAACCAAACACCACGCCCAAAAAAAGUUUUUUUUUCAGAUUAUAUCUUCGCAAAGGAAAAGGCGAAAAUCGUGUGGCAAAAAUGGUACAAAGUCCGAAUUUGCCUGAGUCUGAAGCCACAUAUUCAAUCACCAAUCAUGGAAUCGAAGAUGCACGCGAGGAUUGA